AUGGAAGCGACGCCGGACUCAGGGCCGCGUCUCUGCUGUAAGCCUGGCGGGCGGCUGGACAUGAGCCACGGCUUCGUGCACCACAUCCGCCGGAACCAGCUCGCCCGGGAUGACUACGACAAGAAGGUGAAGCAGGCGGCCAAGGAGAAGGCGAGGAGGCGGCACACGCCCGCGCCCACCAGGCCCCGCAAGCCCGACCUGCAGGUGUACCUGCCGCGACGCCGAGAUGGCUCUACCCACCCCAGCAACCCAGACUGUGAAGAGUCCCGUGAAAGCAGCAGUAGUGGCGGCUCCGAGCCAGAGCCUUCUAGCCGUCAGCUCUUCUGCUUAGAAUAUGAGGCGGACAGCGGAGAGGUCACAUCUGUUAUCGUGUAUCAGGACGAUGAUCCAGGAAGGGUGAGUGAGGAGGUGUCCGCACACACGCCUCUGGAUCCACCAAUGCAAGAGGCCCUCAAGUUGCGCAUCAAGGAGGAGAUGGCAAAGCGCCAGAGCCGAGACUGA